AUGAAACUAGAAAAUGCUUCAAAAUUUUCAGAAUUUAUUCUUAUUGGAUUUUCAGAUGAACCAGAAAUACAGCCCCUUAUAUUUAUACUUUUUCUCUCCAUGUAUCUGAUCGCUGUCUUUGGAAACCUGCUCAUCAUCCUGGCUGUCAUCUCAGACUCUCACCUCCACACACCCAUGUACUUCUUCCUCUCCAACCUGUCCUUUGUGGACAUCUGCUUCACCACCACUACAAUCCCAAAGUUACUAGUGAACAUUCAGAUACACAGCAAAGUCAUCACCUAUGAAGGCUGCAUCACACAGUUGUACUUUUUCAUAGUCUUUGUGUCCAUGGACAUCUUACUCCUGACCGUGAUGGCCUAUGAUCGUUUUGUAGCUAUCUGCCACCCCCUACACUACACAGUCCUCAUGAACCCCCGGUUCUGUCAAACUUUAGUUCUUGCAUCUUGGAUCUCAAGCCCCCUGAUAGCAUUGUUACACAGUUUACUCGUACUGCGAUUGUCCUUCUGCAGCCACUUGGAAAUUCCCAACUUUUUCUGUGAACUAAAACAAGUAGUUCAACUUGCCUGUUCUGACACCUUACUCAAUAAUGUGGGGAUGUAUAUGGCAGCCGUUAUACUGGGUGGUGGUUCCCUGAUUUGUAUCCUUUAUUCUUAUUCUAAGAUAGUUUCCUCAAUACGUAGGAUUUCAUCAGCUCAGGGGAAGUAUAAAGCGUUUUCCACCUGUGGCUCUCACCUCUCAGUGGUCUCGUUAUUUUAUCUUACAGUCUUGGUUGAGUAUCUCAGUUCAGCUGCUACAGAUAGCUCUCAGUUAAGUUCGGUUGGCUCCGUGAUUUACACUGUGGUCACACCGAUGCUGAAUCCUUUCAUCUAUAGUCUGAGGAAUAGUGAAAUAAAGAGGGGUCUAAGAGCCUUUUUUAUGAAUGGAACAAGGAAAUAG